GCUUCGGAUCUUUUUGCAUUAAGUUAAUUGUUCCGUUUCGGUUCAGAUUUACUUGGUAAAAUAGAUCCAAGGGAAGUUAGUCUUAGCGUGUUGGAUUACAAAGGAUAAUGAACGGAGCAAUGGCCAUGGCACCAACAUCUCAGAAUAAUGUGGAACCUCCAAACAAGAAACCUAGAGUUGAAGAUGUUACAGCGGAGAGACAGUACAGAAUCUGUGGCCUACGACUGAGCUGUGAUCAUGAGCGUGCGCCAAACAAAGAAAGAGAACGCUACAUUCGUUGAACAGAACAAAUCAGAGUUUUGCAAACUCCCACUGACACAGCAUCUAUUGUCGAAUUUGUGCGUCGCCUCAAUCUCGGAUAGUUUGCGCACAACCAUCAUUGCUCAGCCCAGAACACGGUUAGCUGUUAAUCAAAUGAUCGAACAAAACUAAUAAUAUUAAUUCGUGAAACUGCAAAAGUCAUAAAAGAGAAAGAGAAACGUUUCAACGUGUUCUGAUUUCUGUUUCAGAGACUAGCAGACCAAAUUGGUUAUGAUCAUACGAAACCUAAUCUAAUUAUUGGUAGUCUUUUUUUGGGGCUGAUAGUGUAAACAGUAAUGAAAUUUAGAUGUGAAAACACUAUUAAUUGAUUAAUUGCGGUGAUUUCUCUUAAAUUUUGCUAUUGUUUUAGUGCAAUUUUGACAUUAUUCCUCUUUCAAAACAUAAAAAUGUUUUUAUUUUAAUGACAUGAAAGAAAAAGAAAUGUAUUUACAUGUAUAUGUUAUAUUUAAACGAGUAUAUACAUAUAAUUAUGUACAUAUAUUACUUUAUAUACAAGAAUAACGUUACUGUUCUUGAUUGUUUUAAUUUCUUUGAACUUACAGUUUGGAGGACGAUUCUACCGCAGUGGGAAUUGCUGUACGACAUCGUUACUUUUUCCGUCUCGUUUUAAGUCAUUUCUUUCACUUUCUAUCCAUAUUGAAGAUUAUAGAGAUGUUUAAAACUUGUACUAUAUAAAAUUUUACAGUAUACUUGUGCACCAAAUAUUAAAUAUUCUUGAAUUGAAUAUUAGUCAUAUAUAUAAUUCAAAUUCUGUUUAAUUUUAAUGAAUAAUAAGACUAAAAAUUAAGAAAUCAAAUCUGUAUGUCUUAUGAAACCAUAAACUGUUCUGGUAUCCCUAUCAUCACAAAGCAAAAAGUAAAAGUUGGAUAAUAUUUUUCAAGAAGUUUGUACGAGUAUGUGAUGGUGGAAGUACUAAAUGUAAUAUGUAUUAUGUUUCAUUAUUGUCUAAUGCCAACUUUUUUCGUAGGAAAUGCAUCAGAGUUCUUGCCAGGCCCUAUAUAUGAUCUUAAUCAGAUUAAACAAGUUGUUGCUGGACCUGGAGCUAAAUAUCUUACAUUACCUGGCAUUCUAGGUGCGGGUCUUCCAAAAAUUACAUCAGAACAACAGGAUACAGUAAAUAGAGCAAAAAAAUAUGCAAUGGAGCAGAGCAUCAAAAUGGUUCUAAUGAAGCAGACUCUCGCGCAUCAACAACAGCAAAUGGCUAGUCAACGGAAUCAGGUGCAGAGACAGCAGGCUCUCGCCCUCAUGUGCAGGGUAUAUGUGGGCAGCAUCAGUUUUGAAUUAAAAGAGGAUACGAUUAGGCAAGCUUUCUUGCCUUUUGGUCCUAUAAAAUCAAUCAACAUGUCUUGGGAUCCAGUCACACAGAAGCACAAAGGAUUUGCAUUCGUCGAAUAUGAGAUACCUGAAGCAGCACAACUUGCUUUGGAACAAAUGAAUGGUGUCAUGAUUGGUGGACGUAACAUCAAGGUAGCGGGACGUACCUAUAUAACGAAUUUCCUGUCCCCCAGCAAUCCUAUCAUCCCGCCGGAGGUUGUGGGGCGUCCGUCGAAUAUGCCUCAAGCCCAAUCUGUUAUAGAUGAAAUUACCGAAGAGAGUAAACACUAUAAUCGGAUUUACAUUGCGUCGAUUCAUCAAGAUUUAACUGAAGAUGAUAUUAAAUCCGUAUUUGAGGCAUUUGGUCCGAUUACAUAUUGUAAAUUGGCACAAGGCAGUUCACCCCAUCGACAUAAAGGUUACGGUUUUAUCGAAUAUGAAACAAUGCAAGCUGCGUUAGAGGCUAUUGCAUCAAUGAAUUUAUUUGACUUGGGCGGACAAUACUUACGAGUGGGGAGAGCUAUUACACCACCAAAUGCUCUCAUGGGUCCGCCAAGUGGAACUAGUAUGAUGCCCACUGCUGCUGCAGUUGCAGCUGCAGCUGCAACUGCAAAAAUCCAAGCGAUGGAUGCUGUAGCUAGUAAUGCAGUUGCUCUUGGUUUGACCAAACUUGGAGCAGCUGCUCCACCAAUUUUGAAUCAAGCUUUACCAGGUAUAGUAAGGCCCAGUAUUGCCCCUGCAACAAUGAUGGCACCACCGACUAUAGCAACCGUAGCACCUGUUAUACCUCCGCCUGGUAUCGCUAUACCACAAACUUUGACUCGACCUCCUGCGAUAAUUCAGCCGAUACCUGGGCAGCCAGUUGUUAUACCUCCUCCAGCUGUUGUAGCGCCUACAAUAGUAGGAACUCCAGUCAUACCUGUUACAACUACAACAAAUUCUGAUAUUAUGAGACGGGCACAAGAACAAGCGGCUCAUCAAAAACAGCAGGAAGAAUUACAGAAAAAAUUGUUAGAGGAGACAGAACCGCAAACAUUGCAACAACAAGAAAAUAUGUCGAUCAAAGGACAAAGUGCGCGUCAUCUUGUUAUGCAAAAGCUUAUGCGCAAAGUUGAAUCUCGAGUUGUUAUUUUACGAAAUAUGGUAGCUCCGGAAGAUGUAGAUGAAAGUUUACAAGAAGAAAUUCAAGAUGAAUGUUCUAAAUUUGGAGUUGUAGAAAGAGUUAUUAUAUAUAAUGAACGACAAUCUGAAGAUGACGAAGAUGCAGAAGUUAUUGUAAAAAUUUUUGUUGAAUUUUCUCAAAUGAGUGAAGCGGAACGUGCAAGAGAUUCUUUGAAUGGUCGUUAUUUCGGUGGACGAUUAGUAAAAGGAGAAUUAUAUGAUCAAGCUUUAUUUGAUAAUAGUGACUUUUCUGGUUGAUUAUAAAAUACUAAUAAUCUGUUGAAUUCCGUCAGUUACUUUUGAACAAAAGAAUUUAUACUUAUCGUUGAGUGAUGUUCCAUGUGUCUACACCGGAAAUACUGUCUUAUCAAACUUCGAUAAUUAUAGUCUAUCUUCUGAUUAAGAAGUUUAGCUUCUUUUUAAUUUUUGUCUAGACUUAAAAUUAGAUCAAUCGAAACUAUCAUCAAUAUCCAGUAGAAUGAUAUUUUAAAAGAUUAUUUCAAAAUAUAAAUUGAAAAUUAUUGGAUAGUCUUGCUCAAUGAAUCACUAUUAUCAACACUUAUGUUUAAAACAUUUUAUUUAAAUUCAGUAGCAAUACUGUUAUUUCUGUUCAGAAAAAUUUAAUUGAUAAUUUGCAGAAUAUAAGUGUGCAGAAAAGAUAUAGGAUAUUAAUGAAUUGUUUUAUUCAUAGACUAUAUACAAAUAAUAUACAAUAUACAUUAAAAAAUUAAAAUUAUGUCAUAAUACAAGUGUACGUUAUAAUAAAGUUUGUACAUAUUUA